ACCCGGGACAUAUUUUGAGGUAGAGCAAAUGUAGUUGCUUUCCUCUACCACGCUGAGGAGAUACUUCAGUCUUUAGUUUACCAUGCCGACUGACACAAAAAGAGUACGAGGCCCUGAAGUGUCACAAAGUUUGUCUAGGUUUAUCUGCAAACCAGAAACAACUUUGCCCUCGGAUGGCACAAGAGCAGAUGGUAGAAAUCGUGAUCAAGUGGAUGUCCGACCGGUUUUUGUCCGUUGUGGACUUGUAAGCCAGGCAAAGGGCUCAGCAUACAUCGAGGCUGGAAACACGAAGCUGAUUUGUUGUGUUUACGGCCCAAAGGAAACGGAGCGAAAGGAUGAGACGGACAUGAAAUGCGGGAGGUUGUUCGCCGACAUGCGAUUUGCCCCAUUCUCCUGCCCAGAAAGGGGCUCCUGGAUACAGGGUAGUCAGGAGAAGGACCUGUCCCUGAUGGUACUGGAGAGUCUGCAGCCAGCGGUGUGCCUCCAUAAGUACCCCCGUUCACAGAUUGACGUCAAUGUAAUGGUCCUCGAGAACAACGGUUCAGCCUUGGCCCAUGCCAUCACAUGUGCAUCCCUGGCCCUGGCCGACGCAGGGAUUGAGAUGUAUGACCUGGUGCUCGGCUGCUCUAUUCGACAAGAUGGUGCCUCAUAUCUGAUUGACCCUACAUUCCUGGAAGAGAGCGGAAGCAACUGGGCAAGUGGGGAGAACCAGGGAAGCCUGACGGUGUCUUUUCUCCCCAGCUUGAAUCAGAUUUCUGGCCUCCAGUCCGAUGGAGAGAUGGGUGAGGAGACUCUAACAGCAGGAGUGCGUACAUGCAUUGAGGGAUGCUAUAAACUCUACCCUGUGAUCCAGCAGGCGCUGGUCAAGGCUGUGCGUGGGGCAGCCCCACCCCCUUCAGAGAGCUGAGGGGCAAACACAGUUCUGUUGUCCUCGUCCUCCAGUUGUGCUUUAAAAAAAAUGGUUUAUUCGUGAUGUAUUUCAUGUAGUUUCAUUUCUGAACUUUGUCUCUUUUUCUUUAACCAAUAUACUUUUUAAAAUAUUAUCUGGCACUUCGAUAGAUUAAAAAUGAAGUACAUUCUGUAUGAAAUAUGUCUUGCCAUCAAUACAUCGUAACACAUUA